AGUUGUGUAUGUGUGUGUGUAUAUGAGACAUCUCUUUCUUGGCUUUGAGCAUUUUUAUCUUAUUUCAGCUUCCUCCUCGAAACUCUCUCGACCCCAUUUCAUGAUCUCUUCGCUUGCCUUUAGGCAUGUUGUCUCUUUUAACAGUGAGCGUGCGUGCCUCACUUGUUGCAACAGCAAAGUUUUGGAGGAGGAGAACGAGUUGUGACAGCUGAAACACUUGCUUUUCUAUUCUCUUUUCUCUUUUUCCCUCUCUUCACUUGGUGAUUCAACUCUGCGCAAAGCAGCUGCAGUUAGCCGUGUUGAUUAGCAAUGAAGCGGAGUAGCUCGGAAUCUUCGGAUAUUUGGAUCUCCAUGUGCCCAGGUAAAGGGGAAAAAGUCCUAAAGAAGAACCAAGUCUACAGCAUAGAAUUCCAGGCAAUGCUAGAUAGUCUGGACCAAGAAGAUCAGUCCGGGGAAGAGGCCGGCCCGAUCGCCGAGAAGAAGCGGCGGCUCAAUGCGAACCAAGUGAAGGCCCUAGAGAAGAACUUCGAGAUUGAGAACAAGUUGGAGCCAGAGCGGAAGGCGAGAUUGGCCGAAGAAUUGGGCCUCCAACCGCGGCAAGUAGCGAUUUGGUUCCAGAACCGGCGAGCUCGCUGGAAGACCAAGCAAUUGGAGAAGGACUACAGCCUUCUCAAGGCCAGUUACGACAACCUGAAGCUCAAUUUCGAUAGCCUCGAGCAAGAAAAGGAGUCUCUAGUCGCAGAGCUAACGGAGCUGAAGGUAAAGCUCCGUCGAGAAUCGUCAGAGAGCAGCAAUCACGGCGAAGUCAAACAAGAAUCCCCCAUCUCCGAAUCCUCCGAAGAUGGCAAGCCCGGCUCGUGCAGCGAAUCCGUCAAGGACGACCCCAACCCGAACCCGGAGCUGCCCACCUCCCCGGCGGCUCCUCCGCUCCCUUUCCUAUACAGCAGUUGCUCACCGUCGUCGCCACCGCCGUCAUCCUCAUCGAGAGGAACGACGGCGGGGAAGGGGUAUCACCAUCAUCAGCAGGUGAGGAUGGAAGAGCAUCACCAUCAGAGCGGGUUCAUUUCGGAGGAGUCUUGCAACUUCUUCUCGGUCGACCAGCCUCCCACGUUGCAUUGGUACUUCCCCUGAAGAUCACGGGCAUUUAAAAAAAUUCGCCUAGUCAAAUAAUCCUGGGUUUUCCUUCUUGGAAACCGGAAUGCCAUGCCGUGGUCGAGCUUGGGAGUCGGCAACAUCGGAGUCUUCCUUCUUACCCUCGAAGAUGGGGAAGUGGAAUUAGAUUGGAUCUCUCAGCAUAAUCUCUGACAAGCAAAGAGUCUUGAGUCUCUCCCUCUCGCUCGCUCUCUCUGUUUCUCUCUGUGCUGCGUUGUUUUAACUAAAGAAGAGUAGUAGUGGUAAUAAAGUGUUUAAUGAUUGGCAA